GGUUAUGACAACUGCCAAGACGGAAAAGUGUACAGAUCGCGGAUUGUUUGUUGUUUUAGGAGGAGCAUUGUUUGAUGGGAAUAAAGGGUACUGUACGACGCAGUACAGAUGGCCACGUCAUUCAUGCUAAUGUGGAUACCGACAUCAUAAUAUCUGAAGAACCCCCAUAUGGCAGUACUGCCAAACCAGACGAGCUGUAUAACAUCAUAGAGCAUUUCGUACAGGGGAGGCGACGACUUGAGCUCUUUGGGGAGGAUCACAACAUAAGAGCUGGGUGGGUGACAGUAGGCAAAGGCCUCACGUCAUCCAAUUUUAGUGCCCAGACAUACAGCAAGUACUUUCAAGAUUAUGACGGGAAAAUGUGGACAGGCGGGCGAUCAAACCCACCACCGGAUGCACCACAUCUACUAGGUACAACUCCAGAGAUCGAGGCCCUGCGACCAAAAUCACCUCCACCGCGGAACCCACCGCCAACCGGUCCAGUGGGUUUACCAUCAUCACAGCAGCCAUCAGCGGCAAACGCAAUUGUGAAGCGAGUUCCAAUGCCCAUGCCAAUGCCGCCGCAGAAGCCCGGCCCGCAGUUUGGUGUGCUUGGUGGAGCCGGACCCGGACCCGGACUGGGUGGAGCACAUCCAGGACUUGGCCCGCCUCCAGGAGCAAUGGGUCCUGUGAUGGGUAUGGGACCGGGUAUGACGGGCAUGAUCGGUGCGAGAGGGGUCAUGAUGCAUGGACCAUCUGGAGCAAGGCAUCGAAUGCAUAUAGGGCUGGGCUUAGGGGGGCAUAUACAGAUGGGACCUGGUGGAAUGCUUGGUGGUCCCCACAUGAGACCUCCCCCACCUCAUGGGGUCUUUGGCAUGUACGGGCACCCAGGAGCCGGUCGGGGUUUCUUUGGACAUGUGCUGAAACUGAACGAUGAAAGCCACCCGUCUGUGCUAGGAACUCGCCAAGGUCCCAGGGAUGGGACUCCAGAGUCCGGCGUGGCAGAGGCUGACAUGGCGCUCACAGGGUCUUUCUCAAGCGCUCCUUGAUUUCCUUGUCGUAGGGCCUCGCUGGAGUACUAAACAUUCUACAUGCAUUUGGACGGUUCGUGGACCAGGUGCAUUCAGACAGGUCCAUGAUUUUGAAUGUAUUGAGACGACUAUGAGCUCCGGAUAUAGCGAGGCCCGUAUUGCAGAUACGUCUACCUCGUUUCGCAGACAAGUGAAGUGAGCAAGAGCACGGAAAACGUGCCAGCGGGACGAUGGAGGUCCUGAGCGAGCUGUGGCGAUGCGAUGCGUGUUCCUCUGGAGGGUUCCCUGCAGGUACUUGUGUAUUUCCACUGCUUUGUCCAGCUCGUGCAACUCUCGUUCUCUGCCAACGCAUAGGUUAUAUGAUCCAAGCCAAAUGCUUCGUUGUGCUUGGCGAAGCUGUUCGCACUGUCCUCACCUGCCGUAGGGUGAAUAGCUAUACAGACUUUAUGAUGAUUGCUGCCAAUUUUUUUUCCAACUUUUGAAGUUUCCUCGUGUCGCUUCGCCUUUCCUACCUGCCUUGGCUACUCGUCACCGGAUGGCUGGUAUUGUCUUGCCUCUCCUAUUUCCAGCUACUCGGCGACAACUCCUUAUGUUUACGGAUGCCUCUUCCCUUUUUUUUGUGCUUAUUUGUUGGAUAAAGACGCACUGUUCAU